UUUGAUUUGUUGUUUCCUUCUUUCGUAGCCGUGAUGACGGGGGAAGACGACGAGGCGUGUAGGGCUUCUCCGAUCGAAUCAGCUAUAACGAACGAUGAUGCUUCUCGGCCAAUUCAAAGUAGAAAGAGAAAUUGGGAUCAGCUUGUUGCCGUUGAUCGUGCAGCGGCUAUAAUUGAGGAGACGAUGAGACAGAAACCAAGUUCACAGCUCGGGGUUGUUGGUUUUCACACGGUCAAGGAUUUAAUGAGCAAAAAUGUGAACAUACAUUUUAAAUGCCAAGGUCGCAUGUAUAGUUUAAUGAUGAAGGCAUCAGUGGAAGAGAUAACUCUGCCAGUGCUAGAAGCAAGGAUAUGCAGAAAGGUUGCGUUGGAUGAAAGUAGGGUGAAAUUGAGAUUGAGUUACAUUCCACUGCUGGUGGGUUUUGAGGAGCAGUUUACUAUUUCCGAUGACGAGGAUCUUUGCGUUUAUCUAACAUCUGCUGAUAGAGAGAAUCGUAGAUGUGUUUUGUAUGUGGAGGUCAUCACUAUCACAGAACACCCCGAGCAGCUUUCGAGAGCGGGCGAAGGAAGUUCUUUAGGUAUAAACUAUGAAGAGUUGAAUUCAAAGGACGAUGAGAUGGGAGCUCUGUACGUAAAACAAAUUGAGAUGAUGGAGGAAGAUGAGGAUGAAUAUGUGGCAGUUCGACCUGUUUCAGAAGCGAGUCAGUGUGUAGAGGCGUGGGAAGACGGUUUGAAUAUCACAAUACAACAAGAGUUUGCUGAUAAAAAGGCAGUGCAAGAAGUGGUGUAUAUGGCCGCAUGCUCAAAUGGUUUUGUGUUUGAUGUGAAAAAGUCUGAUAAACAGCGAUUAGUGCUAAAAUGUCCUAAAGAAGGAUGUAAAUGGGGUUUGCGAGCUUCAAAGAUUGAAAAGACUGAAAUGUUCUCGAUUAGAAGUUACACCAAGAUGCAUACAUGCUCUCGUGAUGGUCAGAGUAAAAGCAAGAGGGGGAAAGUCACGCCACAGUUAGUUGCAUCUCUAUUGCAUGAGGCUUAUCCAGGAGAGAUGCAAACUCUAACUCCUAAAAGUAUCAUUGAUUUUGUUUGGACAAAAUUAAGCGUGAAAAUAUCAUACGCCACUGCAUGGAGAGGUAAAAGUUUGUAUUCAGGCUCUCUUGAAGAUGAGGUGACUAUGUUAAAGAACGAGUAGAGAGCUGCAGUAUUUUCUCUUGUUGUUCGUUUGAAAAUCUUCUCUUCUCUUGUAGGUGUUUAACUGUGUUAAACUUAUCUAUGUUAUGUUUGUUAUCUUUGUUAAACUCUUAUGAUAAUAUAUAUCUAUGUUAAGGUUUACCGA